AUGACUUCUACGUCGCACGCCGGGAACACGCCCGCUUUUCACGGCUUUUCCAAACUACCCCCGGAACUCCGAAUCAAGAUCUGGAAGGAGGCGUGCUUGCCUCGAACCGACAACGACCACGGCCUCCAGUACGUCACCGUCGACCUGGUAACGAUGGCCUCGCUUGACGCUGAUGAAGUACUUUUGGAUGAGAACCUCGAGGGCUACGACGAAGAGUUUGACGUGGAGAGCGAUGAAACCGAAUACAUCACUUUGAGAGCCUUGGAACGCAUCAAGAAGCGACGUUCAAACGCGCAAACCCCACCCGACCAGUCCAACAAGCAAUCUGCCUACCUUUGGGACGCAGGUCUUUGGCUAGCCUGCAAAGAGUCUAGGGAUGCCAUCACCGAGUAUCUGAAUAUUAACAAAUGGAUUCAACACGCCAAGCAGGAAUACACAACAGAUCUGCCAUCCUGGUAUGACAAGAAAUUCCCAUCAACUCUUGUCCCACACGAGACGGACAAACCCUGGCGUCCUAUCGUGAUGCCUCGCAGCGACAUUUUUUGUAUUGACACUCCUCACUAUUUACCAAGAAGUCUGUAUGGCAUGAAGCUGCUAGCCCCAUUCCUUGGCCAGAAGAGGUUCACAAUUACUCAAGACUGGAACAUCGCCUUCAAGUUCGACAGCAGCUGGAUUGUCGACUUCCCACGGUCUAUCUACGAGAUUCAGAGUGAGAACUCUCCUCGAGGCUUGUUGGCGGACUGGAUUGAGAGGUUUGAGGAUGAGGCCUAUCCCGAGCCCACCCUCUGGAUCAUCUACGACACCGCUCGGUGGGUCAGACUCCCCGGCCUAGAGUGCAAAACAACCUACCGCGAUUUCUGUACCGAGUAUGUCCAGAUUCACUGGUGCGCUCUGCGUGGGGAUGCAGUCAAUAAUGAAACGGGCGAUGUACGGAUUUUCAUGGAAUUAUUUGCAGAUGUGGUGGCUGGUGUGAAUGAAGAUUGGUUCUUCAGUGAUUGGUUCUGCAGUGUUAAAGAACACGUCCAAUUUCUCGUCAGAAAGGAGAAUGAAAUCCCGUCAGACAUUUUGACAGAAUCUGAGGAGAGUGAAAUCCCAUCAGACUUUAUCGCAGAAUCUGAGGAUAGGGAGUGGAACCCGAGAAAAAACAAGCGAUAG